AUGAAUCUGCCAGACGGCUUUCGAAACUGGGCGGUGGCAUUUAUCGUCUGCAAUUUCAACGUCGAUGUAGGCCCAGAGAUUGAGAUCUUAUAUCCACCCAACGUUGCUUUCAGCACAACAGACCUAACUGCAAUAUGCUUCAACAGCUUCCCAGAACAACAAAAUACCGAGACGGCUGAAGACCUGACAUUCAACUUCACCAUCACCAACAAUUCGCCCGACAUCAAGCUGAGCUCACCGCACCCACCACACGGUAGCGCAGAUUUGUUCUUUGCGUCAUGUGUAUUCCGCCAGGAGUUCGAUGAUACGAUGAAGAGGAGUUUCAAUCAGAGAUCGCUGGUCCUGAUAUCGCACCAUGACUUCACCAGCUUCAACAACCGCAUCCUAAGGACUAUGACAGAGAGCGGAGUGAUCAGUGAUCCAACUACCCUUGAAGGCGCUCACGCUCAAAUGAACAACUGGUCGGCCCCGUCCGUAGGCCACCAUGAGCUGCCAUUCCUUGGACGUAUCCUUAGUCUGGACAUUGCACCUCACUCGUCGUUCCCGUUGCAGGGACUUGCCGGCUCGGUACCUCUAAUAGCAGAGCUCAACCCGUCGAUAUACGCAUAUGAGCCGGUCGGUUCCUGGGACAUCAUCAUGAACUACAUGCCGUGCAUCACCGAUCUCUACGUGCUCUACGAAAAGCUGGUCCUCUGCGAAUCCGUCAUAGUAGUCGCCAAAUCACCCCAACUGGCCAGCGAAGCUGUAUCCUCGCUGCUCGACAUUAUCAGGCCUAUUCCCUAUGCCGGCGUUGUCAAACCUUACAUGACCAUGCAAGCCGACUUCCGCAGUAUCGGUAUAGAUGGUGGUACUCCGCGGCCCUUUAUAAUUGGCAUUACCAAUCCCUUCCUGCUAAAGCGCAUCGUCGCCGCCGCAGAGAAGACACAAGGCAUGCGCCCACACAUCCUAUACCUGCAGAACUUCGACGGCCCAGUGCCCACGCGGCGCCACCACUCGCUGCACCACAAGUCCAGCCGUAACGUGCUUCUGGAUCUGCCCGGCGGUGGCAUAGAAGUCCACACGCCUUCCAAGCGCUACCUGAAAGCCGAAUCCAGCGUUGUCAACCAAAUCGAAAGCGUGUUGAGACUCGACAGCCAGACCUCGUCGCUUGGCCCACUGAUCCGACGACACUUUGCUGAACUCACAGCCCAGCUCAUUGCGCCCGUCAACCGCUACCUGGCCACCAGCAAUGUCGUGACGCCCGGAGGACACCAGCGGUACGCCUCGUUCUCCAUCCCCGACUUUCUCGCAAGUGUGAGUAAGCACGGUACGAGUGUGAAACUGAGGGGCCAAGCCCCGAUGCAGAGACAUAGGGCUAGGGAUGCGCUGUAUGCGGCGUUUUGUGCGAGUGAGAAUUUCUACAGCUGGCUGGAUAUGAAGAUCAGCUUGGAGAACGAGGCGAGUGCGGGGCUGUUGGGGGCGGCGCCGAUGGGGGUCAAGGGUAGCUGA